UAUACCAUGUAAAUUCCCAUAAGAGUUUUUAGAAAAUUUAAUUUUGCAUCAAUUAGGGUAUUGAUAUAUUGAGAUUUCACGCUAUUAGUUACAGUUUUUUGUGUACAACAUCAUUCAUGUGCAAAACCGUUCAUUUUUAAUUUAUUAUAUACAUUAUUGAUGGCGGAGAAAUACGUUAUUUCUAUUACGAUGGUGGCUGCAUUCUUUAAAGAAAACAUGAAGCAGCUUCACCGUGGUGAAAAUUCGUACAAAAGUUGCAACGUACUUACGAUGAAUUUCGAUGCAACUGUUGAUCCUGCCGUCUUGAAGGGGAAAGUGAAAGCAAGUAUGAAAGGGCUGACAUACUCUGUUGAGGUAUCGAUUAACUUGCAAGAUAAUUACAUUGAAAAUGCCACGUGUAGCUGCCCUCGAGGACAAGCAGUGUGUCAUCACAUGGCAGCCCUGUGCAUACAUGCACAUAACAAUGUGAGCAUCACGGACAAAGAGUGUGCAUGGAAUAAGAAAAAAGGAGGCGGUGAAGAAAAUGUGAAAACAUUAAAAGAACUUUACCCUUCGAAGCACGGGGUGUAUGAACCAAUUAAUGGUGAAGUAUCUGACGAUGUGGUUCAAAUGUUUCAUAGAAGUUUAGGGCAUGGUAAUGCAGUUGGCUUUUCAUGGUUGUUGCAACCGCAUGUUUGCCACAGCGCAAUGGAGUUUCUUCCCAUUAUAGAUGAAUUAGUUUUCAACAAGGAGUAUUUGGAAACGUCUAACAAAAGAUAUUAUAUUGAAGAAAGGUGUCAAUUAACACCAGAACAAAUUACUUGCGUGGUAAAAAAUACGGUAGGCCAAGCCAAUAAUGCAAAUUGGUUAAUGGCACGAAAAAAUCGUAUCACUGCAAGCAAUUUUGGUGUGAUACUAGCGGCAAUUCACCGUAAUCGCUUUCCACCAUCCCUUUUUAAAAGAUUGAUGGAUGGCUAUGACCUCACGUCAGUACGAGCAGUCCAGUGGGGCAAGGAAAAUGAAAAGUCUGCUAUAGAUACAUUCACGUCUGCUUUUACUGAAAUGAAUGUUACACCUACAGGGCUGUGGUUAGACAAGUGUGGCUUUUUAGGAGCCUCGCCUGAUGGGCUAGUUGGAGACAACUCUAUAUUGGAGGUGAAAUGCCCAUACAAGUACCGCAACACCAGUUUGCAACAAGCCCUGCGAAACGAUAAAACAUACAUUAUUUUUAAGGAAGGAGAAGAGUCGAUGAUAAAUGUUGAACAUGAAUAUUACCAUCAGGUACAGGGCCAACUGCAUUUGUCAAAUAGGGAUGCAUGUUAUUUAAUUAUUUGGACUCCCAAUGAAUGUGAAGUGGCUUAUAUUGAAAAAGACCCAAAUUGGGGUGACAAUCUUAUUUUAUUAAAAAGUUUCUAUUUAGAAAAGUUUAUACCUUAUCUGUCAGGUAUGGAAAGAUAAGAUAUUAAUGUGUAAAUAUAGUUAAGUUUUAGGUUUAUUUUUAUAUUUUUA